AUGUCCACACCCCACUACGGUUCGUCGAUUUCGGGCCUCCAGAUGGACAGCUACAUCGAUGUUGAUGCCUGGUUUGGAGUGUGCAUAUUUCCUCAAAUCUUUGUCGUCUACCGAGAGAUUGCAGCGCUUCGGAGACUGACUCGGAGUGCCACCCGUAUCCGAGAAGAGUUGUUCGACAUUAGGGAAACAAUGGGUAGAAGGCGAUUCGUAUCAUUGGGUUACCGUAUCAGCAAUGCGACCACUCUCGCACCAACACACUGCACGCUGGACAAUCGUGAAUUGGCGUUCGGAUUCUGGACCAAGUGGUCAUCCUCUUGGCUCCGCUAUCUCUGCUGGCAUCUGCCUGCGCAAGAAGCACGGCGGCGGUAA